UGAAUCAGUGAAACAACUUCUUCUGUGCGAGUCCUUAGCCUUGUUGAAUCCUUAACUUUCUACCUCGCUGACUGUUAAUUGAUGAUCAGUAAUAUUAUUAGAUACUUUUUAAGAGGAAUAGUGCUAACAUCGAUUAUAAGAAAGAGAGCUGCACUAUGAGAUCAUUUCAAAAACAUAUAAACCAAUGAUCAUCUCUGAACGACUGAACAUUCGUUUACAUCUCAGCUAAGCGAAGCAUCUGCCACCCAUUCGGAUGAUGAUCUUCGGCUUGUGUGGUGUGUCUUUUCUAUUCUCGGUUUUCCUGGACCUUUCUUGGUGCUACCAUUUUCAUCUUCUCUUCGCCUGUUCGGCUUAAGCCAGGGUACCUGCAAUUCGAGACUUUUCACCACAGAGAGGGACUUUAGGAGCAGCGUUCGUUGCUGUGUAAGUGUCAACUUGAGGCACCACGGCUACACAACGACUGCUAUUUCAGUAAUUUCCGUACAAUCCGUCCGUCGCCGGGGCCUGCUUCGAGCAACAUUGGCCUUAUCUCCCUUCUCCGAUUUAUUUUUUCUUCAAAAAGUGUGCGUGGUGUGUUUGAGCAUGUGUGCGUGUUUGUCGACCUAUCCGACUGAUGACUAGGUAGCACGCGGCCUUUUCUGAAAACUCGACUUGUCGAAGACAGACGUCUCUAUUGGAGCUCCUCGUUUGCAAAUACCCCCAGUGAAAGGCCCCCCCGAAGGCAAUCCACCCGCACAAACCCAAGCUUGUCUGUUACAAAUGUAGUCCCAAGGGAUAUAACCCGUAGUUUUCGUUACACUUGUUUGCUCGUAAGGUUUUAUUUAAUUUUCCCAUUUUCCCCAAUUCAUCCCGCGUUGGUCAAUUGACGCCAAAAAAUAGUUCGUCUCGCCUCGUUUAAAUUUGUAUCGAUUUUCGAUUAUCGGUAUUGUGCAAGGUGUGCCCAACUACAACCCGCGUUAGUGCGUGCGUGCAUUUUCCCAUACAUUGCCUUUUACGACCACCGAGAUUUCGAGAGUCUGUCGUUGGUGCUUCGAAAAAGUAACAAGCAUUUUGGUGUCGUGGCGCUAAGGAAGUGAGGCAAAGUGUGGUCGCUGAUUGCAUCCACCGCCGAUCGAUAAGUCAUCGUUGCGAGUUGUGCAACGCUUCGAGGUCCGCCCCUAUAAGUGCCGCAAGCGGUGAACUGACGGAGAUCUUCGCGAGAAGCAUUAGCUGAAGCAGACAGCGCACACAACCGUAGCAAAUCGAUCGUCGAGGAUCUUCGAGCGAACGAUCAUCUUCAUCUGAUCUACACUGGGCUCCACAACAGUGAGCGACCGAGGUGCGAUCAGCUUGUUCCGAUGGGUUGACACGUCUACAUUCACUCGUCAUUACGCGGCGCUAGUAGCAGUACCAGGAAGCCGAGCAUCUUUCGCCGAGAGGCCCCAGCGCCAGCCACGAUCGUCGUCCAGCCGGGAGUGGAACCAUCCUUCGCCAGAACCCAGCCAGCGUUGCCGGUAGCAGAUUGUACCAGCGAUUCCAGUCGACCGGUCUCCAGUUGUUCAUUCCAGGAUCGAGAGCUAUCUCGAUCCUAAUCACCAAUCGUGCGAGUGUGCGUUUGCCAGGACAAAAACAAACGCCGAGACGAAGGGAGAUACGUAAUCGGAAGAGACUGUAGAGUGCCACGGAUUUUGGGGCCACUCGUCGAUUGAAUCGACCGAUUUCCAAUGAGAGUAGUCCAGUGCCCGAGCCUUUCUCGAGCGGCGUCCGUUCCGGCCAGCGUUCCGCUGCCAUCGUGUGCCAUCGUCGUUGCAUCGGCCAUCUACUACGCCGUUGUCACCAUUCGGCUGCAUCUGUUCGCCGUCCUGCCGCUGGUCAUUGCCGAUCUCAACUAUACGCCGCUAUCGCCCGCCGUCCGUGGGGUCCUUCUAGGACCGUAGCCCCAAAGCGCAUCAACGUCGUCGAGUGCCGAGACCAAGGACGAAGAAAAACAUUCCAUCAGACGAUCGUUUCGUGCGCUUUCGAUUCUUCUGUUCGUUCUAUCGUAAUCUACGGAAACGGCCAUCAUCAUGUUGAAGGUUGUCGGAGCUUCGUGGGAAAAGACGCGUAUAGGGACGUACAUCCUGUUAGGGGCCCUUCUGUUAGCCUUCAGUGCUUUCUUCCUAUCCCAUAUGGAGCGACCUACCUACAGUGGAACAUACUGUGCCACGGCGUACUGGGCACGGAACUCGGGCUACCGGCUAGAGUACUGGGGCCAGCGGAACGAUCUCGAUCAGGUGCCGGUCGGUGCGGUGCGGGCAUGCUUUCGUGAUAGCGUGCUCGAGAAUGGUUGGUCACAGCUGGAGCUUGAAUCUCAGUCUUCCUACACCGAUACGGUGCAAGCACAUGCGGCCGGUAUGAUGGAGGGGGCCCUUACCUGGCACAACAUUUAUAUGCAUUGGUCCAACACCAUCGAUGCAGUCUGUUCGAAGGAUGAGGAAUCGGAGGAGUUUUGCGGAUGGUUGCGCGGUUUCUUUAUGACCAACGUCGACACGGUUAAGAAGAUGGCAGAUCGACGCCGCAAGCAUGAUCACUACUGGCACCAGGUGGCACUGUUCUACGAUCAGCUCGAUGGACUGCAGACCGGUUUUCGGCGGGGUGUGAAGCGAUCCCGGCUUGACAUCGAUAUACCGACGUCCGAUUUUCUGCUCAUGAACGCGGCCGUCGAUAUACGCGAUCUGAAGCUCUUCUACACGAAGGUCGUUAGCAAGAACAGUGGACUGGAACCGGAUCCGGCGAAGGGUAUGAUGUUGCUUAAGCUGUUGCAGCCACAGACGGCGGAUGGUGGUGUAGCUCGUGUGCUUUUGGGACAUGCGAGCGAUGGUAGCUACUCGUCGAUGCUCCGAAUGGUGAAGAAGUACACGCUCCGGUACCAUUUCUCAUCCGAUGCCAAGCAAAACGUCGGCGAGCGUAACGUUGUGCCAGGGACGAACAUUGUUUUCAGCGGAUAUCCCGGUGUGCUGGCAUCGUUGGAUGAUUUCUAUGAAAUUAUGGGACCAAGGCGGCAUCAUAUGUUGGCGGCCGGUGUUAAGCUUGAGUACGACAAUAUGGCACUGUGGAGCAGGAUUGAUCUGUUCCGUUCGAUUUCGCUGGCACCGCGCGUUAUGGCAGCAAACCGGCUGGGAUAUAGUGCCCGUGCCUGGGCCCGUUACUUUUCCCGGAAUCCAUCGACCGGCGUCAAGCAGUGGCUGUUGAUCGAUAUGCAACGCUUCACCGAGCGCAAUGUGACCGAGGGAGAGCAAGUAGUAACAUCUGGAGAGUACGAUCGUGCCGUGGAAAGCAAUGAAAUUCCGACCACUUCGGAUCAGUACGAUGAGGACGAUGAUCAACCGCAACCGGGUAUCGUUACGAAGCGAAUGGACGAUUACGUGGACGAUGACUUCGAGGAACAGCAACAACCGGCCGCUGGUAGGCAGAUUCGUGCCGUGACACCGGAGUCGAUUUCACCGGUAACGAGUGCUUUCGGUUCCGAGAUGUUCUGGGUGGUAGAUCAACUGCCGGGGCGACUGCAUGCCGAAGACGUUACCGAACAGAUCCUCUCUGCGGGCUACUGGAUAACGAAGGGAUUGCCUUACUUCAAGGAACAGCAGGAGCUAGGUCAUGUGCGAGUGACCAAUACGACCACUCCCGGAUUGAAGGAAAAGAUCCUCCACAACAUUACCGAUCUGGAAAUGUUGGCCAAAUUCAUCCGCCAGUCUGGUUACCGGGGUGAUCUGGAUCGUGAACAACCGGCCGCCUAUGGUAACAUCGAUAUGAAGCUUUACUCUAUCACGAGCGAAGGAAACGCUCAGUUCCGUGCUUACUCAGGGCCACUAUUUGACCGGGCUGGCAGCUGGGUAACCGGUAGUACCACGGGUCAGGCAGCCAAACGAAGUGCUCUCCUCCAGCGAGCUCCAGUGGCAGCAGAAGGUGCCGAUGAUGCAAACCGUGUUGUCGCUCUCACUACCGCAUCGCAACCGUUUGAUUGGAGCAGUGUACAACCGUUGGAGGUGCGCCAUCAGGGACAUCCGGAUGUUUGGGAUUUUGAUCAUCUUACGCCAGAGUGGGCCUGGAUUUGAGUGCCUGCAACACAAGGUACCACAUUCACAUUGUGCAAUAGGACAAACCGCAGGGUAUUGGUGCUGCUAAUCUGUGAUGCUCUCCUGUGACCAUGUGCUUCCAAGUUCCAAGUUUCGAUUAUCUCUACACACACCGUCUACUGCCAAAAAUACUGCGGUGUGAAUUUAUCAUCGUAUGUGCCUUUGAAUCAGCCUCAAGCCUCCGCACGAUGUUUGUCAUGUGUUUUAGACCAAUUUUAUCUGUAAUUAGGAAAGAAAGACAAGAAAAAGAUCACCAUUCA